AUGGGUAUCGCUCACUAUGUACCGCGCAAUGUGACCUUUGCGAUUGACGAUGCCGAGGCCGACUGGCAUUUCCAUCAGAAAUUCGAUUAUAUCCACGGGAGGCUGCUGAUGGGUUCAUUAAAUCUCAAACCCGGCGGUUAUAUCGAAGUGCAAGACAUCCGACUCCCUUUCGGCUGUGACGACGGCACCGUGAGGCCCAAUUCAACCAUACUUCAAUGGAUACAUCUUCUUAUCUAUGCCUGUGACGUCCUCGAGCGCCCCAUCGACGUUGCAAAGGACCACAAGCGUCGAAUGGAAGAGGCUGGUUUUGUCGAUGUUGUCGAAGUUGUCCAGAAAUGGCCGAUGAACAACUGGCCAAAGGACCCGGUCAUGAAGGAAAUGGGCAUGUGGAAUCUGGUGAAUAUGCUGGAGGGCAUGCAUGCGGCAACUAUGGCUCCGUUUACAAGGGGGCUGGCUUGGUCGCCGCAGGAAGUUGAGCUGCUGCUGGUUGCGUUGCGGAGAGAUGUGAAGGAUACAAGCAUGCAUAUUUAUUGGCCAGUGUACUUUGUUUAUGGCCGCAAACCGUUAAAUGCAGAGGAUUGA